UCUGCUAAUUUUAUGUUUGUUGUUUUUGAGUUUCUCAUCAAAUCCAAAUGGUGAGACACCCUUUGUCGAAGAGUGCCAACAAAUACCUCAGGAAAUUCAGAAAAUGGCCAUAUUCCCCUUACAAGACCUCAUGGCACCGCAACUUUUGUGAAAAACAAGCCAUGCAAAUCCUCAAACAAUCAACCAUUGAAAUGGGUUCCUCCCAACAACCCCAAAGACUCAACCUUCACUACCCUUUUCUUCUCUCCACUCUUCUUGACUCCUUCAAAGCCUAUAGCUGUGACCCUACUCCAAAAGCUUACUACUUUGUCGUCAAAACCUUAACCUACACCUCCCAGUUUCAGGACAUUCCUCCUGUUCUCGACCACCUUGAACGCAUGGAGAAGUUUGAAACACCUGAGUCCAUCUUUGUGUACCUUAUUAGGUUCUAUGGUCUUGCUGACAGAGUCCAAGAUGCUGUUGAUCUGUUCUUCAGAAUCCCCAGGUUCAGGUGCACACAAACUGUUUGCUCCCUGAACUUGUUGCUCUCAUUGCUUUGUAGGAAGAGAGAGUUCCUAAUAAUGGUUCCCCAGAUCCUGUUAAAGAGCCAGUAUAUGAACAUUCGUAUUGAGGAAUCGACUUUUCGGGUUUUGGUCAAGGCCUUGUGUAAAAUUAAGAGGGUGGAUUAUGCCAUUAAGAUACUGAAUUGUAUGAUAGAAGAUGGGUAUAGUUUGGAUGGGAAGAUAUGCUCUUUGAUAAUAUCAUCAUUGUGUGAACAAAAGGAUUUGACCAGUGUUGAGGCUUUGGUUGUUUGGGGAGGUAUGAGGAAACUAGGAUUUUGUCCUGGUGUCAUGGAUUAUACGAAUGUGAUUAGGUUCUUGGUGAAGGAAGGGAGGGGCAUGGAUGCUUUGGACAUUCUGAAACAGAUGAAAGAAGAUGGAAUUAAGCCUGAUAUUGUUUGUUAUACUAUUGUUUUGAGUGGGAUUGUUGCAGAAGGGGAUUAUGUGAAGUUAGAUGAACUAUUUGAUGAAAUGCUUGUAUUGGGACUCAUUCCUGAUGUUUAUACUUAUAAUGUGUACAUAAAUGGUUUGUGUAAGCAGAAUAAAGUAGAUGAGGCGCUUGAGAUUGUUGCUUAUAUGGAAGAGUUAGGAUGCAAACCGAAUGUGGUUACGUACAAUACUUUAUUGGUUGCAUUAUGUGGAGCAUGGGAUUUAAGUAAGGCAAGGGGGCUAAUGAAGGAGAUGGUGUUGAAGGGUGUUGGGCUCAACUUGCAUACAUAUAGGAUCAUGCUUGAUGGCAUGGUUGGUAAAGUUGAGAUUGGUGAAAUAUGUCUUCUGUUGGAGGAGAUGUUGGAGAAGUGUUUUUAUCCUAAAUCUUCAACAUUUGAUAAUAUCAUAUUUCACAUGUGCCAAAAGGGUUUGAUUACUGAAGCACUGGAAUUGAUGAAGAAAAUUGUUGCAAAAAAAUUUUCUCCAGGAGCCAGAGCUUGGGAAGCAUUGCUUCUUAACUCAGGAUCUGAUUUUACAUAUUCAGAAACCACAUUUGCUGGAUUGUUGAGCCCAAAAUAAUCUGAGUUAUCAAAGUGGCCAGAUCUGAUUUGGAACUUUAUUGGGCUCUCUUUAUAUUUGGUUGAAUAGCUGAAACCAUAUCCGCAGUUAUCAAACUAGAGAGGCAUGAAA